CACCGUGUUUUAGUAUCGGGAAAACAUCUAGCUCUCGCGUCAUCCUACUUCAAGAAUAUGCUCCGCGGGACGUGGAAAGAGACCACCUCCCACCUCGCAACAGGUCCCAUGGGGAUAGCCGCAGAGGGUUGGGACUUGGAAGCACUCUUAAUCGUCCUCCAGGUAUUGCACUGCCAGAACUCACAGAUCCCGAGGAAGCUGAGCUUAGAGAUGAUCGCCAAGAUCGCGGUCGUGGCGGACUACUACCAAUGCAAGGAAGCGCUGGGAUUUUUCUCGCAGACUUGGCUUGAUUCAAUGGACCAGAAGCCCCCGAGCACAUACUGCAGGGAUCUCCUUUUGUGGAUCUGGAUUUCGUGGUUCUUCGGUCGCCAGAGUCAAUUCCGGCAAACCACCUCGGCGGCGGCGUCGCGGAGCACCUCGCCUCUAAUCGCAAUUCCAGGUCUCAUCAAGGAGAAGCGAACCACAGCCAUCGCCAACAUUCUUCAGCAACUGCACGGCAAACUAGAUCGGCUGCUCCGCUCCACCUCUUGUACCUUCGAGUGCAGCUCAAUGAUGUAUGGAGCUCUCAGUACAAGGAUGCAUUCGAGCGGUCUGCUAUACCCCAGGCCUGUGGCUCCAUUCUUGGGUAUAAGUCAUGAAAAGCUGGUGCAGCAGGUGUUGUCCUUCGAACCCCCAAAGUGGUGGUCCGCGCCCACAAUGUACGACAACCGUCCACAUGGGUGUUCUUGGUCUUCCUUCAAGCCCCUGGUGGGCAAUUCAAACACUGUUAUCUCCGGACUGGAUCUUUCCAAGAUGGGUACAUUGUGCACCAAGAACAAGACGGACAUUGUAGUGGCCUCUUAG